AUGGAGGCACACACAGAGGCAAGCUCGGCACCAGGACUGGAGGACCAGAGUGUCCUAAUCGACAACACUGCUGACAUUCUGGUCAUUGCCGCCUAUUUCCUGCUGGUCAUUGGUGUCGGCUUAUGGUCCAUGUGUAGAACCAACAGAGGCACGGUUGGUGGCUACUUCCUGGCGGGACAAAGCAUGAUAUGGUGGCCGGUUGGGGCCUCUCUCUUUGCCAGCAACAUUGGCAGCGGCCACUUUGUGGGCCUGGCAGGGACUGGUGCUGCAAGUGGUUUGGCUGUGGCUGGAUUCGAGUGGAAUGCGCUGUUCGUGGUGCUGCUACUGGGCUGGCUCUUCGCGCCGGUGUACCGAACCGCGGGCGUCAUUACGAUGCCGCAGUACCUGCGCAAGCGCUUCGGCGGCCACCGCAUCCGCCUCUACCUGUCAAUGCUCUCGCUUUUUCUGUACAUAUUCACCAAGAUCUCGGUGGACAUGUUCUCCGGAGCGCUGUUCAUCCAGCAAGCUCUGGGCUGGAAUAUCUACGCCUCAGUCAUCGCGCUUUUGGGCAUCACCAUGAUCUACACGGUGACAGGAGGGCUGGCAGCGCUGAUGUACACGGAUACGGUGCAGACCUUCGUCAUUAUCGUGGGGGCCUUCAUCCUCAUGGGCUACGCCUUCCACGAAGUGGGCGGGUAUUCGGGGCUCUUCGACAAAUACUUGGGGGCAAUGACGUCGUUGACAGUGUCCGAGGACCCUGCCUUGGGCAACAUCUCCAGCUCCUGUUAUCAACCCCGUCCUGACUCCUACCACUUGCUUCGGGACCCUGUGACGGGCGACCUGCCGUGGCCCGCGCUGCUCCUAGGGCUUACCAUCGUCUCGAGCUGGUACUGGUGCAGUGACCAGGUCAUAGUGCAGCGCUGCCUGGCUGGGAAGAACCUGACCCACAUCAAGGCAGGCUGCAUCCUGUGCGGCUACCUGAAGCUGAUGCCCAUGUUCCUCAUGGUCAUGCCAGGCAUGAUCAGCCGCAUUCUUUACCCGGAUGAGGUGGCGUGCGUGGUGCCCGAGGUGUGUAAGCGCGUGUGUGGCACCGAGGUAGGCUGCUCCAACAUCGCCUACCCGCGGCUUGUUGUGAAGCUCAUGCCCAAUGGUAUGCGCGGACUCAUGCUGGCGGUCAUGCUGGCGGCGCUAAUGUCCUCGCUGGCCUCAAUCUUCAACAGCAGCAGCACACUUUUCACCAUGGACAUCUACACGCGCCUGCGACCCCGUGCCAGCGACCCCGAGCUACUGCUAGUAGGACGGCUCUGGGUGGUGCUCAUUGUGGCUGUGUCGGUGGCCUGGCUACCCGUGGUGCAGGCAGCACAGGGCGGGCAGCUCUUCGAUUAUAUGCAGUCGGUCUCCAGCUACCUGGCACCACCUGUGUCUGCCGUCUUCAUCCUGGCUCUCUUUGUGCCCCGUGUCAAUGAAAAGGGUGCCUUCUGGGGACUGAUUGGGGGCCUGCUGAUGGGUCUGGCACGUCUUAUUCCCGAGUUUUCCUUUGGCUCGGGCAGCUGCGUGAGACCCUCGAAGUGCCCAGCGUUGAUCUGCGGCGUGCACUACCUCUACUUUGCCAUCGUGCUCUUUGUCUGCUCCGGCCUCCUCACCCUCGUAGUCUCCCUGUGCACCGCGCCCAUCCCACGCAAACAUCUCCACCGCCUGGUUUUCAGUCUCCGGUACAGCAAGGAGGAUCGAGAGGACCUGGAUGCAGAUGAGGAGCUGGAAGGCCCAACCUCACUCCCUGUACAGAAUGGGCGCCUAGAGCACGCAGCGGAGAUGGAGGAGCCCCAGCCCUCAGCACCAGGUCUAUUCCGCCACUGCCUCUUUUGGUUCUGUGGAAUAAGCAGCGGUGGGGCGGUUAGUUCCCCACCCCCUGCUCAGGAGGAGGCUGCUGCAGCAGCCAGGCGGCUGGAGGACAUCAGUGAGGACCCAACCUGGGCCCGUGUGGUCAACCUCAACGCCCUGCUCAUGAUGGCUGUGGCCAUGUUCCUCUGGGGCUUUUAUGCCUGAGGCAACUAUGUUGGACACCAUGAGCCACAAC